AUGUACCUGACGAGGCCACCGCAGCCAAAAGCAAGACACCAUUUGCACCGACCACAUGAUUAUCGCACGCUGGAAGAAAGACAUCGGAUGGUCUACUCCAGGGCUGAAACCCUACUGUCCAUUAAGUCUUCUCCCGAAGCGUUCUGCCUUCAAUACGCACACGAAUGCUUCAAAGGACUCAAAGCAUACCGCGGCGAUGAUGAAAAGCUCCGACUCUUCCGCCUAGACCGCAACGGCAUCUGA